GGUCGCCUCACCCCAUCGCCAGAUAUUCUCACACGACGUGCGUCAUCGCUCAGCCCUGCCACUCAAGGUAGCCCAGUCUCAUCUGAACCCGGUGAUGAUAAACCGCGCAGAAUUCGAAGAGUCCCUAUCAGAAAUACAAACUAUGUCUAUGACGACUCAGAUGAUGACGAAUGUCGUCGAGGUCUAGAGGGUACAAAUCUUUGUGUGAAAUGUCCAGCCAGAUUUGAAACAAGGCCUGGACUGGCGAAUCAUUUCAAACUACAUUUUGGUGAAAAACGUAAAUUCGCGUGUGAACUAUGCGAUUUCUCAGCGACAACGCUGAAAUCGUUGAGAUUCCAUCGACGAGUACAUGAUCGGUUUGGAGUCGGGCCAGCAACGCUAACUGAUCCACAUGGAAAUGGGAUCAUAACUGUUGGAGUGAGUCUUGGUCGCCAGUGA